CCGUCUCCGCGCAACCUCCCGCGUUCCCUCAGAGCAGGCGUCCACCCCGUCGGUGAGACCAUGGAUACUCUAAAAGUCCCGGAGGAGUUGACCCCGACCUCAACCUCGAGCAGUGCCUCCCCAAGCUCGUCUUCCGGCGGCUCGGGGUCCGAGUCGUCCCCGACCCGCAGCACGUCGCCGGUGUUAAAAGUGAGCAUGCCCGCCGUGUACCCUAACUUACAGUCGGAGAACCUCUCCGUCUACAGGAGCCCGCCCCCGGAGAGCGAUCAGGCGGAGGCCCCGGCCCCGCCCGAGCCCGCCUUGCCGGCCCUGCCGGCCCCCAAGCAUCGCAAGGCCGCCACCGAGACUCCCACGCUGCUGUCCAUCACGCGGCCGCUGCCGAUCCGGGCGCUGCUCAAGCGCUACCUGGAACGCCGCGAGUACUUGGAGUACGAAGGGGGCAUCCCGCAGCCCUCGCCGCUCAGGGCCAGCUACAUUACCGAACUGCCCGCGGCCUCCUUCUACGGGCCCCUGGACGCCAAAAACCCUCUGCUCGUCAACUUCGAGAAGGAGGUGCAAGGCGUGCUGGGUUUCCUGCGCAGGAAGCAGGGCCAGGACUCCACCCUCCAGGACCGGCAGAACUUUCAGCACCGCGGUGCCAACACCCUGUUCAAAAUCUGGAACAAGUAUGAGUCCCGCCUGCCGUCUGACUAUUACUACAAGCAACUUUUGAAGGUUGGAGACAGCCUCGUUAAAAUACAGGAAUACAAACUGGCCUUGUCACAGUGCUAUAGAAGGUAUCUUUGCCAGUUCGACUGCCCUAUUGAAGAAGACAUGGAAGUUAGUCAAUUCAAAAGGAUCUUUUUCCCCAACGACCUGGAAGACCAGAAUUCCAAACUAACAUUUCGUGCUUUAGAAGGGAAAUGCUUGUGCCUUUACCAUGUGAUCUGUGCCGACGAUCCCCAUUUUGGGAAUGAGCUGAGUGUGCAUCAGUGCUUUGACAUAUUGUCGACUUGGCGACUCAUCAUGCAAGUGGCCCUCUCCUUCGAGAAACUCUGCUGGAUCGUCUACAAUGGUACAAUUCACAUAUAUAGGAUUUGCAGGAAGCUGAUGGUUAUUGGACUGUCUGCGAAGGCCUUGGAAUACUUGCUCUGGGCAAGUAUCUCUAUGGAAUCCUCCACAACCCUCUUAGGGGUUAGAUAUCUGACUUGGAGAGCUACCCUUUACACUGCUGUUUCCCAGUGCUACUAUGACUGCCAAAUUGGAACUCAGGGAGAGAUAUUUGCUCGGCGAGGCUUGGGAAAAAUUGAUGAAUUAUUGCACUUACAAGUAAUAAGCCUUACACCACCACGGCAAGAAUCAAAAAAGUGCUUUAGAGAAGCCACCAUAAAGAUGGCAGUGAUGAUCUUCAAGAGAGCAGUAUUUGAACCUCGAAGAAAGACCAAGUUCUUCAUAAGGACGAAACCAAGAAUUAAUUUACGGGAAAUACAGAAUAUGCAAUGGCCACGCACUACCACAGAAAAGUUGUUGACUGAGAUGUUUGACAGCACCUCUGCCCAAUUUCUGGCUGUCUUGGAAGCUAUUACAGAACCGAGAAGGCGAGUGCUGCAAACCGGGCCGCCCAUCUCAGAGGAGCUGGAGGUCCGUGAAGUCUAUGCUGAGCUCUUCAUGGCAGGAGGCGAGCUCUUCUCAGAUAUAAGUGGUGGUCCCAUAGUCUGUGGGAAGUUUGACUUUUUCAGAACAGUCUAUUCAAAUUCUACUCAACUGAAACUAGUCAUUGAUGGGAAAGAUGGAGUUUCUAUAGCUGCUGCAGGGAAGAUGAUAAAAUUAUCUUUCACCUAUGAGGAAUGGAAUUUAUUUAAUUGCACCGCUGUUCAGUUUAUCAAAUUCCUCCAGAGUCGAAAGGACCCUGCUUCGAAGAAAAUGGAGAUGGAGUUAAGGCUUCUGGCUGCGAUGGAGCCCUUGAUCAACGUAAAGAGAAAUAAAGGCUUGGCCUUCGGUGGGGAAGGAGGCAGCAGCGCCACGGAAGGUGUUCGAGGUGGGACAAAAAAGAUCGCCUUUCAGGAGUCUCACUUGUUGUCUGGAAGCUAUUCUGAUGAUAUUUUCCACUUGGGAUCAAUGCUAUAUUCCUUCACUUGUUCAUCUACUGAGAAAGUUCAACCUGAUAAUGAGAUCAUUGUUGAUCUGAUUAUGUUCCUGUGGCAGAAAUGCAAAAUGGGAAUCCAGCGAAUCUAUUCGUUGAAAAUGGACUAUUUCAAGUUUGUCCAGAAAGUCAAAGCUAGCAAGUGGGUUCAUCUGCUUUGGCAGAUAAAUGAAAUGAUUCAUACUUGUCAGUUGGAAUACCUCAGCCCUGUGAUUGUGGCUGAAGUUGCAUUAAGACUAAGUGAAAUAUUGGAGUCUUUAGGAAACCCAGCAAAAAAAUUUAAAAAAUGUUCAGGCUUUGGAAACAAAAAUUAUUUUGACCAAAACUUCUUCCAAAAAGGUUGUUCUGAUAUUCUUCAAAUAUUAAAGAAAUCACCUGAAGAGCAAUUACUUUUGGCUUAUGAGGUUCUCGGCCAAGCCAUUACGAUGAUAGGGAUGUCUCGUACAAGAACUACAUUGCCCAAUGGAACAUCAGUAUAUGAUCAUUGUUAUACCAAGGUUAUCCCUCCAACAGAAGAAAAAGUUGACAAGCCAUUUACAGCCAAUAGUUUCAUCAUGGACUUGCAAUUGGAGAUCAUUAUGACUCAGCAUCAGAUCGCUGUUGCGCUUCUUGACCAACUCAAAGCUUGGGACACUCCUCUCCAGAAAACUCCCAAAGAAGCUCCAAGUACACAAGCGUCUACCACCACUAGUUAUUUCACAGAAUCAUAUGUACUGGGAAAAAUCAACAAGAAUCGGCUAUCUAAAGCAAGUUACUUGAUGCAGAAAGCUCUGCUAUUAUUUGAGAAAGAUCCCCACCAGGAUCCCAAAUUACUAGAGGAAGCAUUGUCCUUAAUUAAGAAAACUGAAUCAGAGCAAAGUGCCCUGCACUCAUAUCAGAAAGAUGCAGAGGAUGCUAAAAUACCCAUUGGCAAAGUUCCUUCUCCUCCUAUACUGCUAUCUAGAACUCAUUGUUCAGUGAUAUUUAAACCUGCUCCAUUUAUUUCCGAAAAAAAGGUUUCUUGGUAUACCAUUUUUGGAUGUCCAGUGGGAACGUGUAUUGGAAAAGUAAGACUGAACAACUGUUUUCUUGCAAACUCUGGACAACCAGUACCAGCUAAUGAAAAAACCCUUUUAAAAAUUGUUGGUUUAGAGCCUAAUGAAAAAUACAUAUUUGCAGUUGCUGCUUAUGACUCUAAGGGAGAACUGUUAGGGAAAGCAAUUGGAGAGACGUCUAAGCCAAUUCUGAUUUACAUGCCACUUUCUACUGUUACUACUCGCUUAUAUUUGACUGAGGUUGCCUAUCAAAUUGGUAAAUAUUCAUUGGCCAAGAAAACCUUUGCACCAGUUUGGGAUUAUUUUGUCUAUACUUCUCCAACAAAUUUAUCCAUUAUUUCUUUAAACAGCGCAUUAACUAUUAUACCAUACAGGUUACGUGCAGAUGCCUUGUCAGAGUCUUCAUCAGUUCUUUUAUACCAUUUCCUGAGAUGUAUUUUUGUAACAAGUAACAUUAAUAUUGUGGAGCAAAAGCUUUUCUGUGAUACUAUUAAGGGAAAUGAUGUUUUCACCUGUCAACAAGCUUCCAGAAUAGCUGAAUGUCAGAGAAUGCUAGUGGCAAUUGAACUUAGUACCUAUUUAAAUGAUCUGAGUUAUUCCCUACAAGCCAUUGUUCAGUGCUAUGGUCUCCUGGCCCCUCUAAUCUUUCACAACAUUGUUCUGGUACCAGUAAUCCAGAUUCUAAUUAAGUGUUUGAUAGUUUUGCAAGAAAUCCCGAAUACUAGCUUUCACAAGAAACAAAUGGGAAAUUUUGAUAGUAUCCAGCAUAUGAUCGCAUGUUCUGUUUAUUACACAACGAAGGUGCUGCGUUCGUGGAAGGAAUUUGACCUUGCAGUGAUAAUUAUAAAUUUUGGGAAAAAGCUGCUAGACACCACACAAGGGUUAUUUUCAAAUGUCACUAAAACUUCCUUUAGUGAUGAUGAGCAAGAAGAACUGUUAGAUGAGGGUAUCUCUGUCAAGAAAGUGAAGAAAUCCAGGGCACACAUUGUCAUGCUGGACAAAAUCAGUGAGCAACUCAAUCUCAUGGAAGUGCAGCUACUCAAAUUGACAAAACAAUAUCCCUUUGUUGAACUCACAGGAACAGAAGAUCCCCUUUUUCUCUACCCUAUAAUUUUAACUUGGACACUCAGAGGUGCCAUGAGAGAAGUAAUGAAAUUCAAGAAUAAACCUCGUUUUCUGGAAUUCUUUGUUCAAGUCAUGACAAAAUGUCUUCAUGAAGAGAAAUUUCACUAUGUGGUGGAGAUGGCAUAUACUGUUCAAAACUAUCUAAAAAGGAGAAACGAGAACUUUCUUGGAUUUAAGAAAGCUGCAGCUACAGAAAGUACUACAACUCAUGAAGACCAUAAAAAGUACAAGGCAGCUGCCAUGGAAAUUCAAAAAUCCACAGAAUUACAACUUGUGAAGCCAAAAAAUAAAAAAGAUGUUCUACGAGAGUAUUUUGCCAAGCACCACUCAUUGUUAGGAAUGCCAGAUUUGGAAAAAUUUAAGAGAGGUGACGUUAGAAAAUUGGCUUUAAAAAUCCUGUUGGAGUUCUUGUCCCCAAAAGCGGUUUGCUAUAUAAAAAGAAAAAGAUUGCAUCAAUUAUUUAUUGAGGAGUUACCCUGGAGAGCUCAGAUGAAUUUACAUUUGGCACAUGCUCAUUUCAGCUUGUUCAAAAUCAAACUCAUGGAGCGUAAGAAGAUUAAAGUUUACAAUUCACAAAAUACAAUGAGCUUUCGAACUUUAGACCCUGAUACAUUCUUACUCUACAAUUCUGGAGCACUGUUGGCGGAGGAAAAUGUUAAUACAGAAAAUUACAAAGCAAUGCUUGAAUUCCUGCUUUCAAGCAAAAUAAGGAAGACUAACAUGUCAGAUAUUGAUGAAUUUUCUUAUAGCAGCUCCAAAAUGAGUGAAGGAGAAAGCCCCAAAGUAGUGGUUUCAACGGAAUUAGAAACUAAUCUUAAAGAUCGAACAGGAAAUCUUGGAAUCUUGGACAAUUUUAUCAGAACCUUUAUGCAUUGCAAAAGAGCAGUGGUUCUCGCUCAUCGUGGUGGUUAUUGGACCUUACUUCAGAAUGCCUCCCGGAUUCUUUGGAACUACACCUUGGAAGUACAGAUGCUCUUUCAACAGACACAUGCUUUUUCGAGAUCAUUUCCUGUCAGCAAGGAUGCUCUCUUAUGCACAUUUGUGUUGCCAUAUUAUUUGACAUCAGAAGCCCUCCUUGACAUGCUGGUAGAACUGCAGCAUAGCAAAUCUCUUAAGAUUUUGGAUGACAAUAAAGAUUUCGGUGUUCCCAGUGCUUAUGGAAGCAUUGAAGAUGAUAAUGGGGGCUUUAAUCUGACUUUUGAAGAUCCUUUUGAUGAUAUGAAUUUGGUUGAUAUGAAGUAUAUUUCUGACUUCAUCUUUAAAACUUUGGAAAUUUUGUACAGAGUGGGAAAAUGGGAAUCACUAGCACAUAUUGCCCUCCAUUUCAACGAAAUUACACAUGAGAGGUAUACCGAGCAGGUGACACCAUUGUUAGUCUAUGCUCAGAGAAACCUUUUGGAGAGAAUCAAGAAAUUCAGUGGCCAAAAUACGAUCAAGAUAGAAAAUGAGAUUGAGGACAAGAUAAACCUCCGCCAUAUCAUUGGCAAACAGCCCCAUCCUGCUUUUCAGCCUAAUGAAGCAGGAUGGCGUGAAGGCUUUAUUGAUUUUGACCAAGCUAGAGUUCAUUCAGAGAUGUAUCAAGCAAACAGACUAAUGUCGGUACCCUUGAAUGUGAAAGAAACGUUGAGGUACUUUAGAGAAACUUUGGGGAAAUCUAAGCACUGCAACAGGUCUCUGAGAUAUAGCAGAAAACUGCUUGCUUUGUUCCUGGCUCACACACAAGAAAACAGUGGAGGAAUAAACAAUCCCAAGUUCUUUUCUGGAAAAGUGGAAUUUGAUGUUGGAGUUGAAGAGAUAUAUUUACCGACACCCCCUGAUCUUUCCACUGAAAAGUUUGCUGUUUCUACUAGCGUGGAGAGCAAGAAGCUUUCUCCUUCACAAUUUCAACUUGUUAUAUCUUCUUAUGAGAAAACUAUUGAUAUUCUUGAAAUCAGCAAUCAAAUAGAUCUCAAGAUACAGGCAUUACAUGAGCUUGGAAAUCUUCACAUCUAUGCAGAAAACAGAAGGGCAGCUUAUAAAUGCUGGAGCCAAGCCCUUGAUGCCAUCCUCAAAAAACCAGAUGUUCUCCAUACAUGGAAAGAGUUGGCCAACCCCCCUAAAACCCCUCUUGAUAUGGUCAUGGAUGCAAACUUCAUCGGUUACAGUGAGGAAUUUCUGUUGAAAGCUGGUGUUUGGGGAUGCUUGCUGGGAGGCAUUAUAGCAGCAAAAAUGGCACAAUACAUUUUGAUAUCAAAUGUGAGUGAGAGGACUGAAUGCUGCAUUUUCUCUUCCUUUUUUUUUAAGGGCCUGCUUAAAACCUCUCUAAUCUAUCCCAAGUAUGACCAUGAGUAUGCCCAGUAUGAAAUUAGCCAGCUCACUCCGGGCCUGGAUCUUUUUUGUGACCAACACAGAGUAAAUGUGAACAUGGUCCUCAGCAGUCUAACUUAUCUCAGUUAUGAGCUCCAUUCUGUUAACCAGAACCUUAUUGUUCUACCGCUCCUUUCAUUAUACCAAUAUUUUGUCUCAGAAGUUUGCCAAGAUGUAUGUAAAUGCAUGGAUAUAAAGCUUCUUAAGAUUGAAGUCCUUAUUGACUUAGGAUUACUUUCUGAAGCUUAUAAUGAAAUAUAUAAUCUUUGUCCUGGAAAAGGCAGCUUCUGUACCACCCUUACAGGUUCCAAAAAUUGGGGGAAAACUAAGCCAGUCACACAGCCAUUUGAAACAGGAAAAUUUUAUAUGUCCAAAGGAAAUAUACAGGCCCUGGAAGACUUAUUGAAUCGAGGCCACCCCGGAUGUGCGACUACACUCUGCCAUCCAGCCUUAAACUAUAAGUUUACUUUGGUCAAAAUGCGCUUUUUCAUCAGUCUGGCAGCAACAAUAAAUUGCCUGCCAGAAAGUGAUGUGAAAUCAUUCUUCCAAGAUGGUUCCGAAAGAAGCAAAAUCCAGAUCGUGUUAAACAAAGAAAAUGCAAAAGAUGAACCUAUAUCAUUCAUUACUCUGACCAAGGCCAAAGAGGAUUUGACUCCAAGUAAACUAAAGGGAAUUUUACUUACAGAAGCUGAAGAAAAGCUUCUCAUGCUGAUAGAAAAUGCAGAGUCAGCCAUCCACAAGAGGAUAAUUCAGUUUAACCCAGUAGAGUUAGAGAUCAUGAUUGAGGUCAAGCUACAACUAGCCGCUAUUGCAUUGCAGAGACAACAAGCGCCAUUCAGCAUUUCAAUAGCUUUUACUGCAAUUAAAGUUCUUCAGAAUGCAGAAAUUUUUCGAAAGACAAAAGAAGAAGUUUUUAAGUGCCAGGAUGAGCUUGAUGCCCUGGAGCCUCUUGGGAUGACGGCCCGAGAACAUCUGAACAUUCGCAUGUGGCUGAAGUGCCGCUUGGCCUUGCUGAGGGCCUCUGUGGCACAUAUCCGCGGCAUGGGGGUCAUGAAAGAAAAUGAUGUGACUGACUGUAGAAUUCUGAUAAAUGAAGUGCUCACAGAGACACAGGAUUGGAACGACACUGAGAUGCAGGCAGAGGUUCUGGUGCAGGCCAUCAAACUUGGUCUACAAGAAAGACACUCUGCAGCUGAGAUCAUAAAGUAUCUGCAGGACAUAAUACAUUUACUUCAAGGAAAACCUUUUGUUUCUCCUCGAGGCAUAAUAAUACUUAUAAAGAGCCUGGUCUUGAUGGAUGAUUUAAUGAAAAUUGAGGAGCCUCAGAAAUAUCUCUCUCCUGGAAAUGAAAAUUUUACUUUGUUAAAUCAGGCUCAUGAACUUAUUAUUGAACAGGUUCUAUCUUUGGGUGAGAUGAUUAAAUUGGCUUCUUCAGACGCUGAAUAUCCAAGUAUCGUUUAUCCUUUGAAAAACAUUUUUCUUCCACAUAUCCACUUAAUGGCAAAAGUAAAGAUGAGAAUUGCUCAUAUGUUAGCCAAGCAAGCAGCUUCCUCCCAGGAAAGAAAUCCUUCUCAAUGGCUACCUAUCAUUCAUCUUUUUGAGAUAGCAUUGCUUCAUUGUAGGACAGCUGCAAUAGAAGGUGAAUUGGAAGCUGAAAUUCUUUUUGAAAAAGGCAAAUUAGAACGUCAGAUAUUUAUGGCAGAUGAAACAAGGAAUAUAUCCUAUGACCUCUUUGAUGCUAUAAAAAUAAGUCUGAAAAAUGAUCAAAAUUCAGGGUUGAUAAGGAAAUCCUACCUGGAAAUAGCCCUGUUAUAUUUUCAUUUGGGGAGUCUUAAGCAAUCCUCUUUAAAAAAUAAGGUUUCUGUUCAAAGCCAAAUUCCAAUAAAGGAAGCAAUAUUAGAGAAAAAUGAUGUGUACCUGAUAUUGUCCUGGAUGGCAAUCCGAGCUGCUUCCCAGGUCAGUGAAGCUACAAUAGCUGCUCAGAAGCUAAUUGGACAGAAGAGUAUUAUGUUGGAGAAAAUUAAAAUGAUCUUCUACCAGAAUAUCCCAGAAUUUGCUGUUGUGGACCUCACUUCUACAUAUAUAGAUUAUUUGACUGCUAGUUUUAAAGCUGUCUUCAAGUCCCCCUUCCCCUCUCCGAACCAGUCUGACGACAUUCUGGACACAUCAGUUUUGGGACAAGAAUUUGAAACCACUGAGAGUGAAGAAAUUGAAGAACAGAUGCCAGACAUCUCCUGGGUCCACCUGGUCCGUUACUACACUCACCUGCUAAGAAUUAACAAUAUGAAUACCCUUCUUGCUUCUCCAAAGCCAGUUUUCUUAGCGGAUGAAAUAUUCUACACUUCCAUUUUCAAUGAAGAUCUGGUUUUACGUCAGAAAGAAAUGCACAGUUUCCUCAAAAAAUUCUUAAGUCUUUUUAUUACAGCCUGUAUUGAGCCAUUUCCAAAAGAUCUUGCCUCCGUAGAAAGAGCAUUAAAUAUCGAAAAAUCUCAAUAUAGGCAAUCGCUUAAGGUGGGUCAAGAAAUAUCUGUGCUAGUAGAAAAAUUUGCAACCUCUAAGACGGCAACUCCUACAGAGUCUCUAGUGGAUUUUUCUGUAUAUACUGUAAGCAAAGACCUUUGCUUUCAGUGGUACCUGCCCCCUCUAGAAAAAGCUCCAAAAGAAACAGAACCUAUGAUAAUGUUACUAUAUGCUUUUAACACCAAACCAGUCAAGAUUUCUGAUGUCUUUGAGUUCAAUUCCAGCUUUCUAUAUUCUGGAUUUUUCUGGGUUCCUCUGAACAAAGUUAUGGAAUUACAUGACAAACUCUCUGACCUUAGGCAAAAAGCUGAAAUAUUGUUAUAUACGUACCCAUUGUCUCCAGAUGGACCCCUCACUUCGGCACAAAUCACUCCAGAUAUCCCGGAAAAUAUCUUACUCACUAAAGAAAUGAAGGAUCUAUUUUUUGAGUGUUGCACUGAAAUAGAAUUCCUACUUUUGAGACGUGAAGGUUUAUCCCUACAAGAGGAGCUACCAUCUGAGGCAACUUUGUCCACAGUAAUGAAGCUGGAGAUGCUUUUUGAUCCCUCUAACGGCUGUGUCUUAAAGUCAGAAGACAUUUUCAAGUGGAUUACAGCUCUUCUGAAAUAAGCACUCUUUAUAUUGCAAUCUUUACAAGGAUGAAGAAAAUUCAAUAGUGUUUUGUUCAAAUUAGCUUAAAAUUAUGGUUAUUAUGGUUUUGCUAUUAAAAAAAACAAAAUAAAGGGUGUCUUCCUUUUU